AUGCUAUUGUAUGCUGAUUUUAUUGUUAAUGAAGUCGAUACUGAUGGAAAUGUGGUUCACUUGACCUGUUUCGAGCCUCCUCCUCAGGUGGUGGAGGAGACUAAGGAGUGUGAGGCAAAGGUAUCUGAUGAGAAAAUGAGUGAAAGAAAGAGUUAUGAAGCUGAAAUUGAAUUGUUUAGAUCACUUGCUGGUGAUUCUGAUGCAGAGAAGUUGAAAAGUUUUAUUAGUCUAGUUAAUUCUGGGAAUGGAAGUGAAGAGAGUGUUUCACAUAUUGUGCUUUUUCCGGAUUCAGAUAAGGCACAUCGAACGGCAGUGCAUAAUUUCUUCAAGCAGAACUUCAAGUUCCUUGUCACUGACACCACUGACGGACCAGAUGCUUCAUCAAAAUGUAUUCGUGUGAGAUUAGAUUCUAGAGGACUUAAGAACAAUGGCAGAAAUUCUAGGAAACGGAAAGAAAGAGGCGAUAAGCCCUUUGAUAGCAGAGGUUCAAGUAAUUGGCCAGAGCAUAUCGGCAAGUUUCUUAGGUUUCAUCUUUACAAGGAGAACAAGGAUACACAGGAGGCCUUAGGAAUUAUAGGAAAGAUGCUUGGCGUUCAGACUCGAUCAUUUGGUUUUGCGGGUACAAAGGAUAAACGUGCUGUCUCAACUCAAAGAGUAAGUCAUUUCUCUGUCACUAAAUCUGCUGCUAAUGUCAUUAUGGUCGUUUCUUAUUAUCAAAAGUCAUUUGCUCCAACCUGUACUCUAUUGCUCACUUUGGAUGUUACCAAAAUGGAAUUCCAUGCAAUUUUAAUACUAUCUACUUCAUCCGCAUGUGUGCAUGUGGUGUUAUAUUCUUGGGCAUUAGAUAAUUUACCUUAUUUUUUGAGUCCAUGCGGAGAAGAUGUUUCAGAAGAGAAAAUCUUUUUUUGCUUCCAGGUUACUGUUUUCAAGCAACAUGCAAGUAGAUUAGCUGCUCUUAAUGACAGGUUGAUUGGUAUCAAAGUGGGUGACUUCUGCCAUGUCAAAGAAGGACUUCUUCUUGGGCAGCUCCUGGGAAAUCGAUUCACAGUCACGCUAAGAGGAGUUGUUGCAGAUUCUGAAGACACCAUCAAGGCUUCUGCAGAUUCCUUAGGAAGGCAUGGUUUUAUUAACUACUUUGGUUUACAGCGUUUCGGAAGUGGUUCGGUGCCAACGCAUUUUAUUGGAGCUGCAUUGCUCCGAGGAGAGUGGAAAAGUGCUAUAAGCAUGAUCCUUGAUCCAAGAGAAGGAGAUAUCCUUUCAUUAUUUCUGUGUUUGGAGUUUGGACCAUUAACUCCUGUGGCUUUUUUCAAUGGAAUCCAAAAAAAUUAUUUGGAUGAAUAUUAG